AUGUCUGCCGCCAGUCCAGUCGCGGCAUUCUGCAAUAUUCCGCAUUCACUCGAUAGCAACGCGCCGCACGCUCAGUUCGAAAUUGGCGCGCAGACGAAGCCGGUCAGCGACGUGCGCGCCUUCGUCGAAUUGAGUUGUGUUGUGGAAGCUGUAUCGAAACAAAGUGAAGGACCUAAACCAAAACUUUUGUGUGUAGGCAUCAUCCGCGGCGAGUACGCUUACGCCCGUAUAGUAGUAGUAGUACAUAAACAAAUAAUAGUAUUUAUAAUGGAUGGAGAGCGAAAAAUUCACAUGAGCGAGGGUGUCCCGCUGAAUUCAACAGGUGCGGCAAGCAUUUUUUUGAAUACUGGUAGAAAUACUAAAGUUAAUUCACCCGAAGGGACCGUCAUUCAUCUCAAGACAGAGAAACCUUCGGACCUCGGUGUGCAUAUAAAUACUACCUUUUCCAUAGCGUCUUCCAAGAAAAUCAAGCUUUUGUUCGUGUUGAAUUUUUUGUUGAGCGUCAUAUGUAUGAUAAUUAGUUGUUCAAUAGCGUUUUACUACUGGAACGAAAUAAUAUCGAUGAGGAGACAGUUAGAUAUGAUUAAAGACCAGUUCAUCAUUAAUAAUAUAAAUGAUAAAGGGGUGCAGGCUGCGCUGGUGGGCGUGCCCAGGCCACCCAUGGUUAUCGAAACACGAGAGCCUAGAAUGAAGUCUUUAGAUGAUGACGAGACAGCUCAGAAUGCAAGGAAAUAUUAUGUUGAUGAUCUUGGAGAAGAUAUGUUGUUAGUAGACUCUAAGAAAAAAAACUCCAGCAAAGACAAUACCCCUGUCUAUGACUUAACAAUGCUACAAAAAGAAUUGGUAGUGGUUCAGUUCAAUGGUGCUAAGCGUGAACACAACAUGGGAACAGAAUCCAUUGUAGGCCCGUGGAUACGCGAUGAAGAAGUAUCUUCCAAAAACAGCGAAGACAAGAUAGGCAUAGACAACAAUCUUGUAGUCAUCAAAGAAGGGGGCUUAUACUUAAUUUAUGCACAGUUAGUAUACCUCACUCAGUCGCCUAACUGUUACUUCAUAUGGACAAGAAGGCAAGCUACAAAAAAUGCGCAACUCCUGAGCACAUGCUCGACGGGCGAUGACUCCAGCAACCGGCCACUCAACAAAUCGCAAAUGUCGUGUUCUGUACAGACCGUGGCAAGACUAUACAAAGGUGAUACCGUGAACAUUGCUCAGAGAGAACCAAACCGAACAGUUUGGCUCAGGCCAGGUUACAGCUACUUCGGUUUUGUAAAACUUAGUUCCUAA